UAAGCUACUUAUUCAAAAUGGCGACGCCCACAGCUCACCGGAAGCCGUCAAUCUUGUCCAUUAUUAAAGGCGUUUCUGCCUUUGUAAUGUACAGAUUUCCAUUUCUUUCUGCAUUAACACUAACAAUGCUUUGUUCUGAAAGAGAGCAAGAGCACAGAUCGGAAGGAUUCCCGCUGGUUUACAUCUACAUUCACAUCUUUGUCCUGUUCACGUCUGGGACAAUGAUGUCAUUCGGGUCGCAGAGGUCCCUUUGGGCCGUUGUCACGGCUGUUUCCAUGGCCAUCUUCACCACGCUAACCCAGAGUCAGCAGCCAAAGACCAAGAUGUGGCUCGUGGCACGGAUCGCAUCUCACGAUAUCGGAGUCAUCGGAGUAUUCCUCAUCCUCGCCAGCCGCGUCGGAGAAGACCUCGGCAAGAAAUACCGCCUCCACUUCCUCUUCCCCUACGGCAAGAACCUCAUCUCCAUCUUCUGCAUCAUCAACUCCGUCCAGCUCUACCGGACGCCCGAGGAACGCCGGGCCUUCCUCUCGACGGUCCCCCACGGCGAGACGGCCAUGGUCCUCCUGGGCGUGGCCCUCCUCAUGGGCGGGUUUCUCUUCUCCUCCGAGUUCAAGACUAAACGCAUCAGUGCAUUUUUAGCCGUUGCCCUGUCGUUUUUUAUCCUGACCAUAGAUGGUAACCUUCACUACUGGCACAAGAAAGCGAGAUUAGAAUACUGGAUGCAAAUGAAUAUGGUCCUAAAUAGUGUCACUGUACUGUGCAGCUUGAUUUUCAUGGCAACAUGAUAGUAGUUUGAUUCAGGGGACAGUUUCAUCAAGCUUAUUGUAAGUCACGCACAACUCUACACAAAGAUUAAAUCUGUUUUGGCAAUUUUUUUUGGUAGAUAUUCGUGAGAAAAGUCAGCUUGAAUAGUUUCACCGAUAAUCAGCAUUCUACUUGCGAUUCAAAGUGAGUUAAAGGGAAAACAAUUUGCAUUUUUAAUUACUUAAAUAUUUCAGAAAUCAACCUUUAAAAGUUUCAGUAUACAGUCUUGUUGUGGUCACGUGAUUGGCAGUUGAGAUCUGAUAAGGUGGCAGGGGGGGGGUCAAUUUUUACCCCUCCCCCUGUAAAAACCUGGUCUGAAAUAACCCAGUAAAAAUAAGGUUAACCCUGUUCAAAUUUUGACAAAUUCAAACCUUGGAUUCAGGUGCUUAAACAAAUUUUGAUAUACAAACAUUGGGUUUCAAGUUGAGUUGAUUAGAUUGAGAUUCAAAUUUAAUUGAAUUGGAAUGAAUUCAUUGGACUGAACUAGGUAUUGAAUUAAGUUGAAUUGGAUUGAAUUGAAUUAACUUAAUUGAACCGUUCUGAAAUGAAUUGAAUUAACUUGAAUCAAUUUGAAUACCCCAUAACGGGGUACCAGUUGUGUGUAAACCUAUGCGUCACUUCCAACAACUUUAUGAAAAAGCUCUCAGAAUUAUAAGCUUUACUAAAGCAUUAAUUAUUUUGUGGCAUGCCACUUACGACUGCGUCUCUCUACCCAGGUGAGAAAUGGCUGACCAGAAAAAAGCAAGCAUGGAAGUAUUUGCUCUGAUAUAACUUCUGAAGGUUUCCAUGGCUAAGAAGAAUAGUGUAGUAGGUUUCAUGGUACUCCAUGUAUCUUUCCUGGGCAAAUGUUGGUCCUGAAAAGGACUACCCAAUCUCGACGUUUAUGCUUUUAAAAAUAGGUUGUUCUCCUGAGGACGACAAGAACACACUUGUCGAAACGUCGAGAUUGGGUGGUCCUUUUAAGGACCAACAUUUGCCCAGGAAAGAUACAUGGUGUACCGUGAAACCUACUACACGAUUUGCUCUGAUUUGUUUUGAUGGUAACUGGCUGCAUUGCUCCAAACAGAGUGGAGAAGCCAUUAUGUCAUAAAGCAAUAAUCUUAUUGGGGAAUUGAUAAAUGUGACUCAACAUUUUCCUUUUAUUACAUACUCCUAUACAAACUUGUAUUUGGAUAUUUAAUAUGGUUAGGUUUAAGAUGUAAGUAUUCAAUUCAUGUGAGGUAUGGAGUACGAUCAUGAGUCUUGCAAAAGUUAUUAUACAUUCAUUAAAUUUUGAGUAUUGUUCAAUGGCAUAUCAGAGUAAAUCUGUUUAUGUUGAAUCUCAAUUAAGCACUGAAAUCUCUUACAAUAAGAAAAGGUUUAACUUUGAAGAGGCUUAUAACAUGCUUUACAUUAUCUGGGCUGAUAAAAUGUUUGACUUGCGCGUACAGUGUGUCUAAACAAAAUAUAUACAUACAUGCCUUUUGAAGUGACUGCCAACUAAAAAGUACCCGGUAAGCACUAUUGGGAGAAAUGCUUAUAUAUAUUGAAAACCAAUAAGCUCAACUUUCAAAAAUGAUAUAUUUCUCUUUAUUUAGCAACCAUUUCGAAAGUGUAUUUUUUUUAUACACACUGAUACAAUGUCUACAUAAGUAAACACUCGGACA